AUGUCUCUUUUUCACUCGCCUCUCCCCAUACAUCUAUCUUUGUUCAUUAUCUAUCUAUCUAUCUAUCUAUCUAUCUAUCUAUCUAUCUAUCUAUCUAACAUAUCCCUUUUUUACUUUCUAGUUGUCACUCUUAAUGUAAUCUAUCUAUCUAUCUAUCUAUCUAUCUAUCUAUCUAUCUAUCUAUCUAUCUAUCUAUUACUUGAUAUAUUCCUCCAUCUUUCUGUCUUCCUCGCUAAUGAUUUUCUUUAUUUUCCUUUUUUUUUCUCCUUAAUCUUUCAUUUUUUUCCUUUCUUUUAUUCUAUUUUUCUUUCUCUCUCUUUCUUUAUUUCUCAAUUGUUUAACGCUUUUUCUCUUCUCUUUGUUUCUUUGCAUGUUUCUUACUGUUUCUUUUCAUUUCUUUUCCUUCUUUAUUUCUUUCUUGAGUUAUCUGUCUUCCGUUUGUUUUCAUUUCUUCUGAUAAUUUUAACUUCUUCCUCUUUACUCUUUCUUUUUUCUUGCAUUCUUUUUCUUUCUUUCUUUCUUUAUUUCUUUUUUCUUUCUACACUUUCCUUCAUUCGUUCUUCUCUGUCCUUCUUUCUUUCUUCGCUUUUUUUCUUUCUUUCCUUCUGUGGUGGGUAG